AAAAAUUAACACGUGGCAGCUUAGUAGUUGGGGUCGUUCUAAGCUACCGUGUUCCCACCUCAUGUAAUCAUACGAACCCACUCGAUGUAAUUACCAUUGUCGCGCGCCGCCUCACUCUUUCAUCUCUGGCUCUUUUUUUCCUCUUCUCAGUCGAACCCACGCGGCAAAUCUACAAGCCUUCCGGUGAAUCUUCGCACGCCGCUGCCGCCGACCCCGUUCUCCGAGAUCUGCAGGCGACGCUUAUCGGCGGUGGUUGCGAGUUGGAUCGUCGUCGUGUGUUCACGAUUCUGUUAGCCGUCGUGCGUGGGUCAGAGUCCGGCGACGUCCGGUGGUCAGAGGUUGCUACUGAGGAUGAUUACGCAACCAACUGUUAAUCCUAAAUCUUCUGCUAACGGUUUUGGCCGUCGAAGAGGUGAAAGAGAAGGGGGAGCUAGGGUGGAGAAUAAAUCACAGUCUGGAAAAGCAAACCACAGCAGAUCAACAAAUACUGGCACCAAAUCUGGCAACUAUGAGAGUCCUUCACGUGAUCGAUUAGUGUAUUUAACCACGUGUCUUAUUGGGCAUCAUGUGGAAGUCCAGGUGAAAAAUGGAUCCAUAUAUUCUGGAAUCUUUCAUGCAACAAACGCUGAAAAGGACUUUGGAAUCAUCUUGAAAAUGGCACGCAUGAUAAAGGAUGGUUCCUUACGUGGACAGAAGUCUGUGGUAGAGUCAGUUAGCAAGCCUCCAUCAAAGACUUUUAUAAUACCUGCCAAAGACCUUGUGCAAGUUAUCGCAAAGGAUGUCUCAAUAAGUAGGGAUGGAUUGUUAAAUGAGGUUCAGCCUGAAAAACAUCAUGAAAUUAUGAUAGAUUCCUUCAUAUCACAAUCCCGCCGUGGUGAGAUGGAGAGAGAGCUGGAACCGUGGGUCCCUGAUGAAGAUGAUCCACGAUGUCCUGAACUGGAAAAUACAUUUGAUGGACAUUGGAAUAGGAACUGGGAUCAAUUUGAAACAAAUGAAACAUUAUUUGGGGUAAAGAGCACAUUUGAUGAGGAUCUUUAUACAACGAAACUUGAGAAAGGUCCACAAAUGAGAGAGUUGGAAAGGGAGGCUUUAAGAAUAGCAAGAGAAAUUGAGGGUGAGGAGACACAUGAUCUACAUUCAGCAGAGGAAAGAGGCAUUCACCUCCAUGAAAAUUUUGAUAUUGAUGAGGAGACAAGAUUCUCCUCUGUUUACCGGGGUGAGGUUGAUGAUAGCGGAUAUGAUGAGGAUGAGGAUAUUUUGUUGGAUGCACGUAAUACUGAUACCUUUGGAGAUUCUUCUGGUUCUUCAAGGAAGGGUUCCCUUGAAUGGACUGGUGGAAAAAUCAACAAUGGAGCUCAAGUGCCAUCAAGUUCUUCAUCUGUGGAUUACACACAAUGUACCGAGUCGAAUGUUGCCCCAGAUUUAUGUCGCUCUGGAACUUAUGACCAUGCUAGACAGCUGGCAUCAGAACCACCGUUCAAAAGUUUCCCCAGUACAGCUGGUGAAAGCAGUGAACAUGGAGAGAGAGAUAGUGCUACUGAGUCUGUAGAAAAGCGGAUGCUAGCUGAGGACAAUCAAGAGUCAAAACCUGAUGAUUCGCAGCCACUGCUGAAUGAGAAGAAAGAUGCGUUUGAUAAAGGGGUAUUAUCCCCAAAUGCCACCUCUUAUGCUCCAGCUCCGGCUUCAUCAAAAGGUCAUGAGAAGAGUUCUAGUGAGAUGUUAGAGGGUCCAGUGACUGGAAAAGCACAUGUUCAAACACACACUGUAAAUUCUCAUGGACGGCCUGGUAGUUCUGCAUCUUCCAAUUCAGAACGUGCAACUGCUGCACCUACUUCUGGAGGCCCUGGUUUGUCACCAAGCUCAUCAUUGAGUUCAUUGUCUUCAGAAAAGUCAACGUUGAAUCCCCAUGCUAAGGAAUUCAAACUCAAUCCAAAUGCAAAGAGUUUUGUUCCAUCUCAAGCGCCUGUUAGGCCUCCAUCCCCGGUGUCUGAUGGUUCCUUCUAUUAUCCGUCAAACGCUCCCGCUGUACCACAUAUGCCGGGCAUGCCUGUUGGCGUUGGAGUUGGACCCUCUUUCACACACCAGCCUGUUAUGUUUAGUCAACAGCAAAUGCAAGCACCCCAAGCAUAUUUUCAUCCAAAUGGGCCUCAGUAUGGGCAACAGAUGCUUCUUGGCCACCCUAGGCAAGUCCUAUACAUGCCAAGCUACCAACCUGAGAUGCCAUACAAAGGACGAGACUAUUAACUCACAGUUGGACGAAUGCACUUUGGUUGAUCCGGCUGCUGCACCUAAAGAAUAACUCCUUGGAGUCUUCUGGGAACAAUUUUUGGAGGAGCGGAGCCCUCCUCCCCAAAAAGAUCCCUGCAUUGUUCUUGAAUCUUUUGUGUGCCAAGGAAAGCUUACUCCUUCCCGGAUAUACCUCCGUGACCGACCUAUGCUUUAACCCGUAUGAUUGACACUGGAUUUAUCAAUUUCAUACUGUACAUUAUUACUCGUGUCUCUUCUUAAAAAAAUAUAAUUUAUCCAAACAUUUAUAUUUUAUGGAGUAUUUUUUUCGUUUGGGAUAUACUGAUUAAUUCACAGUUAACAAUUUGUCAAAUUUAUGUUGUCCUGCGUGCAUGCCAUAUGCAUUCAUGUUGGAGUGGGUUGGGUAUGUUAUUUGAUUGAUCAAGGAUUUGGUGCCUUUAAAGUUCGAUGAACACAAAGAUUCGGAAUAAUUGCCAUGGAUGAUCAGAUUUUAUUAAUAAUAUUUGCAAAU